UAUCUUCUUGAAUAUCUUUUUAUUUUCGAUUCACUGUUUUUUUACAAGAAGUCACAAAAUAAUCCUGUUCAGUAUCUCUGGAGCAACCAGUUUUGGGCUUUUGUCUCGUUUAUGCUUGAGACACAGUUAAACCAAAUGCUUUUGCCUCUUGGUGACAGCACUGUGAGCUCCGGGCACACAGUGCUGCUGUGCUUGAGCUGUAGGAGCAGAGUGAUGUUGCCCAGCUGCAGCUGCGAGUCAGUAGAAGGACAAAGCUUUGCGUUAUGUUGUUUCACAAAAGUGACAAUUGCUGUGUUUUGUUAUCUGCCUUUUCACUGAGACGGAAGAAACCAUCUCCUCAGCUGGACUGGGGACAUUCAUUUCAGACACAUCCAAACUACCAGAGAAGCCUGGACUGGCAGGAGGGGGCUCCUGCUGCGCUCUGGCAGUCCAAAAGCAGAGCCCACACCUGCAAGCCUGGAGGCUCAGACGACCAGGGUGGCAGGAGACUCUCACACUCUGCUGUGACACUUCAGUGCGAAAGCUGUGAUCCCAAGCUCUUCAGCCAUAUCCUUGCCUGCUUUCUUUGCUUGCUGUAGCUAUGCCAGAUGAACCAAGUGCCAGGCAAUGCAGGACAGAUUUAAAAAGCACCACGACAGGCUGCCAAGGAUAUGCUGGCUGGAUUGGCUGUCAUUGCCUUUGGUCUAUGGCUGCGGUUUGGUGGGGUUAUGGCAGACUUUGCUUCAGACAAAAAGUCUCCAGAGUACUUCUUCAUGGGACUCUAUGUACUGGUGGGAGCAGGGGCUCUCAUGACCACAGUUGGAUUUUUUGGGUGCUGUGGAGCAGCGCGGGAGUCUCAGUGCUUACUUGGAGCAUUCUUUGCUUGCUUGUUGGUGAUAUUUGCGGCUGAGGUCACUGCUGGAGUAUUUGCCUUUAUAGGCAAGAAAGUGGCAAUACAGGAAUCCCAGAAAAUCUAUGAAGACAUUUAUGAUGACUAUAUGAAAAACCCGGGGGGGAAGGUCAACAGGACUAUCUAUCACUACCACUUAGCUUUUCAAUGCUGUGGUAAAGAUAAUAUGGAACAACAAAUGGGAUUACCCUGUCCAGAGAAUAUCCAAAUGCCAAAGAACUGCCUGGUUGAAAUCGAGAAUGUAAUUGAUGCUAAUCUGCGUUUAGUUGGAAUUGUUGGAAUUGCAAUUGCUGGCAUCACAAUCUUUGGCAUGAUAUUCAGCAUGGUUCUGUGCUGUGCGAUCCGUAACACAAGAGACAUGAUCUAAAACGUUCACUGCACAACUAUGUCCCAGGAGUUCCAGACUAAGCUUUACAAGAAGUGCUCUUCUACCCACUUUAAUAAUUGUAAUGCAUUUUAAUUAGUGUUUUAACAUACUGAGAGGAAAAUAUCCCAUUAGGUGAGCAGGUGAAUUGUACUAGUUACAGUAAAACCGAAGUCAACAAAAAGGUUUUUAAAAUGUCCUUUUUAAUGAAAAAAGCAAAGGUGCAUCUAAGACUAAUUUGAUUUUUAAUAUUUGUAUAUGUGCAAUUAAGAGUUUACACACCUAUAGACAUUGUGUAAGCGCAUGCAUAUCUCUCUUUACAAAUAUAUAUGCACAUGAGCAGGUACCUGUAUAUGCAGUACCUUGUUUAGGUAAGUAUGUGCAAUGGAGUAUGUGGCGUGUGCAUGUUUGCACGCAUAUUCUUCCACAGUCUCCCUAUGCAAGAGUGCACACACACCCACAGGUAUACAGUGCUCGAAACCCUUUCAUACUAAGCCUCUGUUUGCCAAGAAUUAGCAGAGAAACAAAUGCCAUUUUUAAAAGUAAGACCUAUGAUCCCUUCCAUAACAGUUCUUUCCAAAGCCCAAACAGGAUAGAAUUCAUAAAAUUGGACUUUAUAAAACAAACAAAAAAGCCUAAGGGCCUGCUCCAGCAAACUAAUUCAUGUGAGUAGGCCCACUGACUUCACAGUCAUGCAGAGACUGGAUUUAUUUUUUUUUUUAGGACUGGACCCUUCAUGCAAAUGCAGAAAGCUCUGGGGGAGGAAACAUGUCCAAGGACAUCCAGGCUAAAGAAAGAGGGGGAAAGAGGUGGGAAGCUGGCAAGAUAACACAGUCAUUUGAGAGCAAUUGUAGUGCAAAGUGUGCUUGAGCUUCCCAAGCUAGCCUGACACAGACACACACACAAAAAAAAAAAAAGAAAAAAAAAAAAAAAAAAAGAGGAGCCACUAAAAUCUUUAUUCAGAAGUCCCUUUAUCCUGCAAGACUCUAUAUGGUAUAUAUGCUGGUGCAGGAGUGGAGCCUAUAUCCAGAAAAGCAGCCACUUUGUCAGAUACUCUGUAGAACCUAACUGGCCUGUGGAAGCCAACUGAAGAGUGAAAAUGGUCAGGGAAAGACACACAGCACUUUAAUAUCUAUCCUCUGUUUCUGCUUCUGUGACUAUCACAGCUUCCAUGGGGCUCUUACCUCAGCCUCUCACCCUUUCUUGCGGGUAUAAGGCAGGAAAGAAAAAUGGGACAUUUUUACAGAGCCAUAAAGUAAAUUUUCUUACUGGCAUCUUUAGAUUGCAUGUCAGGUAUAGAAAUUACACUGUGUGCUUGAAAUACCUCAGGGCUUGCGUUUACAGAGUUUGUUUCUAUAUUUUUAUUUUUCUAUUUGUCAUAUUUAUUCAUAAGAGAAUGUUUCUUUUACAACAGCCUAGAAGGGAGAAAGGUUGUCCCCAGAAGGGGAAAAUAAAUUACAUCAAAGGCUCAGAAUCUCUUAGUUUUUAGCUUACUCGAGAUAAUUCACCAUUUCAGAGAACAGCUUUCUGCUAACAAUAUCCGUGUAGCAGCUUUGUCUCUCUGAUGAUCACUAGUUCAGAUUUCUGAUAGUUGUUCCAUACAGGAUGGGGAAAAGUUCAGCUAAACUACACAUCUCAUUGAAAUGGUCCAUGAUGUCCAACAGGACUUCAGGCAUUUACAAGUCACAUGGUCUUUAUUACUGAAACGCAACAGAAGGAAAUGGGAUUUCAGAAAAUGUGUGCGUUCUAGUGCGCGUAUUUGUGUGGAAUAGACAUCCCUCAUAUUUAUCUCUCACUUCCCAAAGACACUCACACUCCCAUCACUUUUCUGUUACUUCAGGACUGGAAAUAACAUUGCUGUUCCAUGUAUCCAAUUUAAUUGACACAUCUUGCUGUCUUUUACAUAGAGCUCUCUUUUCAAAUCAUUUAGCUACAGACUGUGACACCGAGACAGCUGUGCACUAAAUGCCAAGUAUGCAGCAGGCACUGCUGACUGAGCAGCUUCUGGACCUAGCUUAAAGUACCCAGCUGACUGGGAGACACUCUAUCAUACACCAAAGAAGAGUUGGGCUUGCACCACUGUUCACAGAUGAUUACUAUGGGUGCCACGUAAAAGGAGGGCCUGGGACCUUAUUCUGCGAGCAUCAGACCAGGAAAUAGGGCCCCAACCUGCUGUCUGCUCCUAAGGCUCAAAUGGGAGAAUGAUGCUUGCAGCAAAUCCAUGAAGGUCUCAAGCUGAAACUAAUUAAGUUUCUCAUAGCAGACAACUGACAUAGCCGAAGCACUUUCCUGGAUCCCAGAGACACUUGAGAUUGUCCCUACCACUGGUUCUGCUCUAAACAGAUAAUGGGAUAGUAUACAACUGAGUUGUUUUCUACCAAGCUAAUAGUGACAAAAAGAAGAAAACCACGUAUAGUGCCAUUUUUGCCAUUCAGAGCAAGACAGCUUUCCAGGAAAACCAUUAAAAAUAGCACAAUAGGGAAGCCAGUGGUUCAGGUUCCAAGAUUACUGCCCUACAGGGAUAGAAAUUUAUUGCAAAUAAAGCUACUUCCUACUGUUACACUCCACCUUGUGUAGUGACAGUAUUUAAAAUACAUCUACAUGUAAUUGGGUUUAAUUCCUCAAUUUUGUAGCACCAAAACAUACUGAUAGGACUAGAAUUUACUUCUUUGUUUACUGUUUCUUUAGUAAGUUGGAAGAUGCCCACUCCUGCUUUUCAGAUGCACUGAAUAAAAAGGCAGCUUGCAGAACUUCUGUUGCUUCCCCAGCCCCACCACUCCCCCAGAAGUACAAAAACAUUUAAGUGCCUUAUGAAAACAGGGAAGAGUGGUAUAAAGAAACCUUCUGAUAAAUUCAGUCUUGAACAACCUCAUUUUCUGCUGAAGUGCUUUGGCUUAGUGGGGUUUUUUGUCUUCCUCUGAACAUUGUGUUUAUUUUUCUGAGCAUAAUUACUGCUUAUUCUCUAGGGUUUGCUGCUAUUUAGGUAUAUGAGAUACUCACACUGCAUAUCAGGAACAGAGUAAUAUCAGUUACUGGUUUAGUUCUCUAAAUUAUUGGUAUAAUUUAAGCUGGAAAUCAAUAUAUUAUGCAUCUACUAGUGUUUAACAGAAUCCAGAGAUACAGCCUCUUCUGUUGUUUCCUGUUGUCUGCUGUUGUGAGGUGCGUAAUAUAUUCGCAGUUUUCUCUGCAUCUUGGUAACUGAAAGUCUUUUAACUCACUAAGGGACGGAAGAUACAGCUGUUCUUUCCCUGUCAAGAAUUCCUUCCUGUUGCUUUUAGAUCACAGCUAGUUAACAACUCCAAUGUCCAAUGACUAGCCUGAGCAGCCCUUUUUAAAAGUUCAGAUGUCACAGGCAGGGUUAUGGCUAUCAAAACUGGAUAUGUAGCCCCCACAGUUUAUUGUGCUGCUGCUCUUUCAUUUCAGCUCGUGAAAGUGCAAAACCUUUGAUCUUUGUAUGCAGUACAAAAUCAUUUCCAAGCAACUACACCAUAUGUCUCCAAUAAGAAAGCUUUCCAAAGGUAACUAAAUCCAAACCACUAUCUAAACUUCCUCAAAUACAGCUCACACUCCAGAGUUGCAUGCCCGGAUUUCAUCAAUAAACACCAAUGCCUGUAUGCACCAGAUACACAGUAACUGCCAUAUAAGUUGUCAGAAGUACCCAUUUAGUCCUGUCCCUUGUACCUGUUUCAGAAGAAAGUGACAAAAGAUCAAAUCCCUCGAGGUGAUAAUUCUGAAAGCACAUCACACAUGUUUUCUUCUCCUCCUGUCAAACAGUUAAUUCUAAAUCAUAAAGAUGUAAAUUGCUGAUGCCCUUAUUAUAUCUCUAAACAUCACUGUUCACAUUUCCCUUGUCUAAUUUUUCUAAGUAACUGAGUUAGGUGGGAGCUUCAUUUGUUACAGCAAAGCCUUAGUCAGUUUUGAUAGAGAUUGCACAGGAGCUGAUGAAGCACAGCCCUGUAAUAUCUCUACAAUGAAGAUUCAUAUUUCACUUUUCUUCAUACUGAAAGUGAUAGUUUUAUAGCAAAAUGUAUUUCAUAUGUAUUGAAAAAAAAAUUAAGCCUUCAAAUGCUGUAUUUUACAGCCUUUGGAGGCUACUGAUUAACAGCAUCAGGUGCUGUUCACAGAAAAUGUAAUAAAGCUUUUCAAUCUUCUUCCUUUCUGUUGGUGCUCCAGCCACUGGGUUCUCCAAAACACAAACCGCUUCCAAUAGAACGUAUUUGUUUCUGUAGCACAAGUUACGAUUUUGGACAGAACUGGCGUGUCGGUUUAUGCUGCAAAGGCUGUAGCAGAAUUACCUCUAUGGCACCUUUCUUUGAGAGAAAAACCCCACUUAUUCUGGUCUGUUGAUGAAAUCAACAGAAUUCGCUUUAGUCCAGUGCGUUCUGAAGUGGCGUUUUACCAGCUUUUCUGUCUUGAAUUUGAAACCACUUUCUAAUAAAAAUAACCUGACAUAAACGACUACCCGAGAGAACACGUCUCUGUGCCCGCCGGCGUACGCUGUCAGAACCAGCCCCCCACAAACGCCCCGUUUCACGACACGGAGGUUGCGGGACGCAGCCCCC